AUGGGUGCCUACAAAUAUGUUGAGGAGCUCUACAAGAAGAAGCAGUCCGAUGUGCUGCGCUUCCUCAUGCGCGUCCGCUGCUGGGAGUACCGUCAGCUGAAUGUGAUCCACCGUGCCUCGCGCCCUUCGCGUCCGGACAAGGCACGCCGUCUGGGUUACAAGGCGAAGCAGGGCUACGUCGUCUACCGCGUCCGUGUUCGCCGCGGUAACAGGAAGAAGCCUGUGCCCAAGGGUGCCACUUUCGGCAAGCCAGUUCGCCAGGGUGUCAACCACCUCAAGUACCAGCGAAGCUUGAAGAGCACCGCAGAGGAGCGUGUGGGCCGGAAGUGCGGCAACCUGCGGGUGCUCAACUCGUACUGGAUCAACCAGGACGGUGUUUACAAGUACUUCGAGGUCAUCUGCGUCGACCCAUCGCACAAGGCAAUCCGCAAGGACGCGCGCAUCAACUGGAUCGUCGGCCAGAAGCACCGCGAGGCACGCGGUCUCACUGCCACCGGCAAGAAGUCGCGUGGUCUCAACAAGGGCCAUCGUUACAACCACACCCAGCACGGCGGCAAGAACUCCACCAUCAAGAAGCGAGACACGCUGCAGCUCCGCCGAUACAGGUAA